AUAAUCAUCUUCAUCAUCAUACAUCCAUUCAUAUCGCACGGGCACGGUUAAAAGCCCCACGUGCGGUUCCUCUAACCAUGGUUAAACUUAAACCCCAACCCAAAUCUAAAACAAAAGUUACAAAACCCUCUUCCGUUUUUUUAAUGAAUGAAUAGAAAAGAAAAAAACGCAUAAGGCAAUAAAUUAUUCUGAGUUGUGACAGUGCAUACGUAUAACGAGUGGUGUGCCGCGAGGGAAAAACCAAAACGAAAAUCCCCCGACACUGCAAAAAGCGAAACCCAGCGUCUCCAACACCAACAGAAAAGAAAAAUUGAAAUUGAAAAUUUGUUGGAAUAAAAAGCUCUGUGCUUUCAAUUUCAAUUUCAACCAAUUCGUCACUUUCUGCGCCUUCAUGGAAAUGUAUUCGUUUCAACGUGUUGCUGUGAUUGUCACUCUCACUGUCUUCUUUUUCUCGCUUGGAUUUGUUGCUCUUCUUAAAGGAUUUGGUGGUGGGGCUCGCACUGAAACGUUGGUCUCUUUGUUGGGAUUAGAGGAAGGAACAACCAACUUCACGCUUCUUUCUCCACAUCGUAAACUUCUUCCUCGGGCGAAGGAGAUCGUUGAACCAAACAGAAUAUGGGGUGACGACAAAUGCAGUAAAUCAGAUAUAGUAAUAAACCAAGGCCCCACUCCACCACUCCCAAGUGGCAUUCCCACAUACACAGUUGAAAUAAUGAACAUGUGCGUCAGUGGAUGCGACAUCUCUGCUAUUCACCUUCGCUGUGGCUGGUUCAGCUCUGCACGUCUCAUCAAUCCAAAGCUCUUCAAACGCCUCCGUUACAAUGACUGCCUUGUCAAUGAUGGCAAACCCUUAAUCAGUGGUGCCACCAUUUCUUUUCAAUAUGCUAAUACCUAUCCCUACCCUCUCUCCGUUUCAUCUGUGGUCUGUGUUUGAGGAUGGAUCAAUCAAUGAAUCAAGAGUUUUUUUUGGUUAGAUAUAUUUUGGAGAAUUAUAGGUUAGAUAUAUUUUGGUUAGAUACACAUAUUAUAGGUAAUUUUGUCGAUCACUUUCAUGUCCACGUGAUGAUGGAUCUAUGAAAUGUGACAAGAGGAAUAUUAUGCUUAUAAUUUUUUUUUUUGAUAGAUAGGAAACAUGUGGGGACUGAUGAGACUAGGAUAAAGUUCCAGACCCCAACUAUGUUUGCCUCUUUUUGCUUUAUAUUUGUUUUUCUUUUUUGAUAUAUGAUGAGAUGAUAUGCUUCUACCCAUUUUCCUUUUGUGUAUACAUUCAUUAAAAUAGAACUGUACAAGCAUUGAGUA